AUGACGCAUCCGAUGCCUGUUAGACCAAAUCAAAGAAUUCCUAAAGCUGUUGCGUCUAGGAGUUGGUCUAUUCAGGAGGAUGAAGUUCUGGUUGCUGGUUACAUGACAUAUUGCACCGAUGCAGUAUUGGGAACCGACCAGAAAUCAAUUGAUCUUUGGAAACAAGUUUCUGCAUACUACGACAAAGUUCAAGAGGAAAGGCCUUACGAAGUUGCUGAAAGAGGCCUCAGAAUGUUAGAAAGUCGUUGGAGAAGGAUAGCUGCAGAUGACCCAAGAACUUCACAUGUGAACGAGCAUGCUUGGAAGAUGGUUUGUGAUCAACCAAAGUGGAGGCGAAGGAUGAGGUGGAUGAGGUGGGGCAUUUCAAAGGAAGAUAGAGAGUUACGUGACAACGUAGAAGGAACUCCACAAGAUAGUGAAGGCAGUGGCAAGAGAACAAGGCUUGAUGAUGAUGAUGGUGUUAAAAAAACUAAGGCUAGAAGAAAAGGAAAAGGGGUAUCAUCAUCAGAGGCAGUUUCAAGUUUUGGUGAUAGGUUGCAAGCUAAAACUGAAAUGAGGCUUCAAGAGAACCAGACUCACCAAAGGAGACUGGAGUUUGACAUGUCAAGGGAAGCCAAGAUGAAACAACAAAUGGAAAUAGAGGCGAGGCAUGUUCAAGUUUCUGAGGCAAAUGCUGAAAUUGAAAGAACGAGGCUCGAGAUGGAACCGAUGAAGAUGAAAAAUGAGUUCUUGCGAAUAUUGACUUCGAAGGGAAAUUUAACUGCAUUUGAAGAACAAACCAAGGAAAGAUUGAUUAUGGAGCUUUAUGGUGGUGCUAAUUAG